AAAAGCUGCCAAUAUUCUGCUGCAAUUCAAAGUUGGCUGGGGGCCGGUAGUGAGACCUACUUCAACAAAACUUUGCUCCUCUUGUCUUCUUUUCUCCUGAUACCUUUUGAUGCUCUUCACAUGUUAUUUGCAUAGCAAAGGCACUAAGCUGUCCAGGAAGAAAGGGCACCCUUUCCACCCCCAAUAAGUCUUUUUUUUCCCCUUCCUUUCUUUUUCCCUUUCCUUUCUUUUUUUUUUCUGUCUCUCUCUCUCUCUCUCCCUUUUUUUUUUUUGGUCGGGUUGGGGGGCGCGUGCGGGAGAAAAAGGGGGUUUGCAAAGGCAGCAUCUCAGGAUGAUAACCUGGUUGUAUUGAAGGCAUCUCUUUUUCUGCCAAAUCGCCAAGUCCGUUCUCUAAAACCCGGGUUAGCCAGACUAUAGGGUUUUAUUCUGGCUGCAGAAUAACUAACUGACUGCUGUGGCUUUGCAAAGGGGGGCAGAAAAAAAAAGUUAAGAGAGGAGAAGGGAGUACGUGAGUCGUCCAGUGCAAUCUCUAUUGUUUGAAACUUACUUUUUAUCAGAAUUUGAAGAUGAAAACGCACAUAGGUAACCCUCCAAAAAAUCAUCCAGUUUGCUAAAUUAUGGAAAUUUUGUGGAAGACGUUGACCUGGAUUUUGAGCCUCAUCAUGGCUUCAUCGGAAUUUCAUAGUGACCACCGGCUCUCAUACAGUUCACAAGAGGAAUUCCUGACUUACCUAGAACACUACCAGCUAACUAUUCCAAUAAGGGUUGACCAAAAUGGAGAUUUCCUCAGCUUUACUGUGAAAAAUGAUAAACACUCGAGGAGAAGACGGAGUAUGGACCCUAUCGAUCCACAGCAGGCAGCAUCUAAGUUAUUUUUUAAACUUUCAGCCUAUGGCAAGCACUUUCACCUAAACUUGACUCUCAACACGGAUUUUGUGUCCAAACAUUUUACCGUAGAAUACUGGGGGAAAGAUGGGCCUCAGUGGAAACAUGAUUUUUUAGACAACUGUCACUACACAGGAUACUUGGAAGAUCAACAUAGUACAACCAAAGUGGCUUUAAGCAACUGUAUUGGGUUGCAUGGUGUCAUUGCAACAGAAGAUGAAGAGUAUUUUAUUGAACCAUUAAAGAAUACCACAGAGGAUUCCAAACAGUUUAGUUAUGAAAAUGGCCAUCCCCAUGUAAUUUACAAAAAGUCUACCCUUCAGCAGCGGCAUAUGUAUGAUCACUCCCAUUGCGGGGUUUCUGACCUCAUAGGUGGCAACCCUUGGUGGCUGAAUGACACAUCUCCUUUUCCUUCUGCACCACCAAUUAAUGACACACACAGACAGAAGAGAUCGACAAGCAUUGAGCGCUUUGUGGAGACAUUAGUCGUGGCAGACAAAAUGAUGGUGUCCUAUCAUGGCCGCAAAGACAUUGAACAUUACAUUUUGAGUGUAAUGAAUAUUGUUGCCAAACUUUACCGUGAUUCCAGCAUAGGAAACGUUGUGAAUAUUAUAGUGGUCCGCCUAAUUGUUCUCACGGAUGAUCAGCCAAACUUGGAGAUAAACCACCAUGCAGACAAGUCCCUCAAUAGCUUCUGUAAAUGGCAGAAAUCCAUUCUCUCCCACCAAACUGAUGGAAACAUCAUUCCAGAAAAUGGGAUUGCCCACCACGAUAAUGCGGUUCUUAUGACUAGAUAUGAUAUCUGCACUUAUAAAAAUAAGCCCUGUGGAACACUGGGCUUGGCCUCUGUGGCUGGAAUGUGUGAACCUGAAAGGAGCUGCAGCAUUAAUGAAGACAUUGGCCUGGGCUCAGCUUUUACCAUUGCACAUGAGAUUGGUCACAAUUCAGGCCGUGGCAAUUGCCUUAAUAAUGAGCCUCCCAAGCGUGAAUUUGUUUACCCAACUGUGGCCCCAGGUCAGGUGUAUGAUGCUGAUGAGCAAUGUCGUUACCAGUAUGGACCAGGAUCCCGCCAAUGUAAAUUUGGGGAAGUGUGUAGAGAGCUCUGGUGUCUCAGCCAAAGCAACCGCUGUGUCACCAACAGUAUUCCUGCAGCGGAGGGAACAUUUUGUCAGACUGCUACUAUUGAAAAGGGGUGGUGCUAUCAGGGAGAAUGUGUUGCUUUUGGCACUUCGCCCCAGAGCGUAGAAGGGGGCUGGGGUGCCUGGUCACUGUGGGGAAAGUGCAGCAGGACCUGCGGGGGAGGCGUCUCCUCAUCUCUAAGACAGUGUGACAGUCCAGCACCUUCAGGAGGUGGAAAAUACUGCCUUGGGGAAAGGAAACGGUAUCGCUCCUGUAACACAGAUCCAUGUCCUUUGGGGGCCCGAGAUUUUCGAGAGAAACAGUGUGCAGACUUUGACAAUAUGCCUUUCCGUGGAAAUUAUUAUAACUGGAAACCCUUUACUGGAGGUGGAAUGAAACCUUGUGCAUUAAACUGCUUGGCUGAUGGCUACAACUUCUACACUGAACGUGCCCCCGCAGUGAUUGAUGGGACUCGGUGCAAUAUGGAUUCACUGGAUAUCUGUAUCAACGGAGAAUGCAAGCAUGUAGGUUGUGAUAAUAUUUUGGAAUCCAGUGUUAGGGAAGAUAAAUGCCGAGUCUGUGGAGGGGAUGGGAGCACAUGCGAUGCCGUUGAAGGGUUCUUCAAUGAGACGUCACCCAGAGGAGGAGGCUACCUGACAGUUGUGCAGAUACCAAGAGGUUCUGUUAAUAUUGAAGUCAGAGAAGUUGCCGUGUCACCUGCCUAUAUUGCUUUAAAAUCUGAAUCAGAUGAAUACUAUCUUAAUUGUGGUUGGACUAUUGACUGGCCUAAGAAAUUUGAUGCUGCUGGGACAACUUUUCGCUACAAGAGACCAACUGAUGAACCAGAAUCCUUGGUAGCUCCAGGUCCCACCACGACAAAUCUCAUUGUCAUGGUUCUUUAUCAAGAUACGUAUGAGGGAAUUACGUAUAAGUUCAAUGUUCCUAUCACUCGGACUGGCAGUGGAGACAGUGAUAUUGGCUUUACCUGGAAUCAUCAGCCUUGGUCAGAAUGCUCCACUACUUGUGCUGGAGGUUUCCAAAAACAGGAGGUGGUCUGCAAAAGAGUGGAUGAUAGCUCUACUGUCCAGGACAAUUACUGUGACCCUGACACUAAGCCACCUGAAAAGCGAAGACGCUGCAAUAUUGAGCCAUGCUCACCUGAGUGGUUCAUUGGUGAUUGGUUGGAGUGUAGCAAGACUUGCGGCGGCGGGAUGCGUACCAGGGCAGUGCUCUGCGUCAGAAAGAUGGGACCUUCUGAGGAGAAGACACUGGACUCCAGCGCUUGCUUAACGCACCGGCCCGUUGAAAGAGAGUCCUGCAACAACCUGCCAUGUCCGCCUCAGUGGGUGGCUUUGGACUGGUCAGAGUGCACUCCCAAGUGUGGUUCGGGAUUCAAACAUCGGAUUGUUCUGUGCAAGAGCAGUGACCUUUCUAAAACGUUGUCAACUGCAUACUGUCCACAGGAGAGCAAACCCUCUACCCGCAUGCGCUGCAGUUUGGGCCGCUGCCCUCCUGCUCGCUGGGUGACAGGGGACUGGGGCCAGUGUUCUGCUCAGUGUGGCCUUGGACAGCAAAUGCGGAUCGUGCAAUGUCUCUCCUACACUGGACAGGCAUCCAGUGACUGUCCGGAAACUGUGCGACCUUCAUCGAUGCAGCAGUGUGAAAGCAAAUGUGACGGUACCCCUACUUCCAAUACUGAAGAGUGCAAAGAUGUGAGCAAAGUGGCUUACUGCCCGCUGGUGUACAAGUUCCAGUUCUGCAAUCGAGCAUACUUCAGACAGAUAUGUUGUAAGACCUGCCAAGGACAGUGACCCACGGAAAGCCGGAGAGAGAGCCUUGUCAUUUCAUCCUGGAAACGUGUCCAUCACAGAGAGCCACCCGGAGGAAGAGGAUUGAUGUCCUUGCAGAUGCAUUACCCUGUGGAAAACGUAACCACUGGUCAGCCCUAGCUGACAGGAUUUCAAUAUUAUUUUAACUUCUGUGAAGUAGGAUUUAUUGAUCCAAAGUGCUGGACACAGUUUUAGGAGGGAAUGCCAGAUUGGAGAGAUCCAAACAACACAGGGAGACUUGCUUACUGUGGAACGUUUGUGUUCUUUCGAGUAAAUCCAAUAGCCUGUUUACCUCCUUGGACCAUUAAGAUAAUUUUUAUUAUAGACUUAGCAAUGACACUGAAUCCAUUUGUAUUUAAAACUGUUUAAAAUGUAGCUGGUAUGAUUUGGUCAACUAUGGAAGUAAAGAAGAUUCAGAAAUCUUAAAUCAUAGCUUAAAAAAAUAUUUACUAUACUUUAUCUCACUACAACAGCACCACCAUUUAAAUUCUAAACUGGGCUUUAACCUGUAAUUUAAGGAGCAAUUAUAAAUCAAGACUAAUGAAAGUUUGUAUGAUUUUUUUUUCUUUCUUCUACUUAAUUUCCUUAGGAAUAAUCCCCCUGUUCUGAACACUGCUGUGAGCCAUAUAUAAAACUACAUUAAACCGAACGACAGUGAAGGACUUAGUUGAAAGCAGUGCCUCAGUUACUGCAGCUGUGCAGCUCUAUAAAUUCAGUGCUAAAAGACUGUGGCCCGCCUGCCAUUGUGCAAGUGAAGCUGAGAUUCGCAUUAACACUUUAAGAGAAAAACAUUUCAAUGUCAUGCAGAAGCCAGACCUGGGGUAUGGUAGAGACCCAAGUACCAGGUCCUGUGCUGCCAUCACCCAGGGAUGCCUCAGCUCUUAAUAGGAGUUACUCCAACUCACUCGUGUUUACAGCCACAGAAUGGCUUCUGCCCCACUGGGUGGCUGCACCUACACUAAGCUUACUGAGACGAUACCAGGCAAAAUAGAUAGACUGGCUCAGUAACAACCAGGCAGACCCUUUUGCUGACAGUUACGAUGGGUUCCAGAUGUCCCUUCUUUGAUAUGGCAGAAGGGCAUUUAUUUAUAUGGGAGCAAGUGUGUGUGUGUGUGUGUGUGUGUGUGUGUGUGUGUGCGCUUUUGAGUGUGUGGGUAGAUGAGUGUGCUUGCACGUAAACGUGCUAUUUCUCUGAGUUUUAAAGUAGGCAAGGGAUAACAACCAAAGAAGAAAAACUCAUGAAGACUAGAGAUCACAAAGCCUAAUUUUAAUAGUCACUCAACCAAGUAUUUUAUAUUUUUUAUGGUUAUUCUGAACAGCAACUAAAUGUGAAACCCAGUUUCUUGAGCAGGUCAAAUUCUAGAAUCAAAUCCACCUAAUUUAAAUUGACUAGCUCGCACAUUCCCUAUCCACAAGUUUCACAUCAUGCUCAUCAAAACCCAUAACAGUGAAAUUUAAAAAGAAAGAAAGAAAGAAAAAAGAAAAAGAGGGUACUUGUUUAUAUGAAUAUUUUGUACUUGAACACUUGUAGCUUGCAGCAGGUUCCGUUGAAUGUGCUCUGUGUCCUACACAUGUGUCCACCAUGUUACACCGACACCUCACACUCCAGCCAAACGGCUACUCUGUAAAGAUACUACUUGCAGUUGAAGAGCAUAUCCGACUUACAUCCAUCACUAUGCUCUGAGACUCCACGUCAGGUGUAUGACCUAGACCAUGACUUGAUGGGGGUGAUUAGGUGCUUUCAGAAAGGAGGAGAAACUCACAGACUCCAAAAACCAACCUAGAUUUCAGUUGUGCUGUGAAGAGUCAGCAUGGGAUGGGGUUCUGCACACUCAGUCGUGCUCAUUUGUCUCUCGUCACCUGCUUUCUCAACCCCACAGCUCAUGUCCCUGCGCUUUCCAGGGAGAGCUGUUGACAAUACUUGAGAGUUGCUGUCAGGGCCCCCUGUCCAUGCUGCCUCAGAAUACUGCCCAGGUGCCGUCUUAGCCAUUCAGCAAAGGGAGGGCCAGGGGCCCCAGCACUGAAUUCCCAUGGUGCUUUGCAAAGAGCAGUUAACUUGGUGCUAAUCUGGUGAAAUAAACAAAAGAUGAGUGGUUUCUGUGGCAUUUUAGGCACAGGUUUGCCAUCAAGAUCUGCUUUUCUCCAACAUAAAUAUCAGCUCAUAUGUUUAUUUAAACAGAUUUCUUACAUUAUUGAUUAAGGGCUAUUUUUUUUUUUUUUACCUCACUUGGAAAUGAAUAUUUCGAGGGCCAUCCUCCCGGGCACCAGGCACCCCUGACUGGUUGUGGAAGAGGAGGGCAGCCAGUGCCCUCUGGGGUGUGCACAGCACCAGGGGGCUCCCAGGGCCAGCAUCAGGUCACCUUCUCAGAAGAAACCAAGCACAGAACGUAAUAGGACUAAACAUUUCAGAUAGGCCCUGAAUUUAAAUCCGAGUGAGGAAAAAUGUCACAUUCCACAGCACACCACAAUACCGCUGCUGCUCUGUAGUCAACUGCGUGGCUACAUACGCUCUUUUCCUAAAUAGUAACAGCAGGAUCAUCAGUGGAGGCUGAGCCCCCAUGGCAGGCCCUCCAAAAAUAGUGAGCUCUAUAGACUACUUAGGAAACCCCAAAGAAGCUGGUACCCCAUGGCUGAGAGCAGUAUCUGCCACUGGCAGAAAAGCCUACUCAAAACUGAAAGGGAAAUAUCCCCAACUGAUUAAACCCCUUGAAACACAUAUGACUCCCUGAUCAGUUCAUUUCAUUAGGAAUCUUUUAUUUGAGUGAAUGUCACAUAGGUAUCCUUAAUAAUACAGAAUGAAAUUACCUUUGUAUUAUUGUGAUUAGUUGUUGCUUAUUAUUUUGUACUCAGUAUUAAUGUGGUACACUGUUACUUAUUUUUUUUUUGCUUUUGUAAAUUAUAUUCUAAUUUAUUGCCAUGUUUCCUAACACUUGUCCUUCAUUCAUUCUCCUGCUUGUAAUGAAAAUGAAAAGUCAUUGUAACACUUGAUGGAGUGAAAUUCCACA